CAGGUUUUGAUAAUGCUAAACCGCUGUGAACAAGACAAAGUGUUGAAUAUACAAGGCGAGAUAUGAAGAUAAGAACAAGAGCUAAAAGAGACCAAGAUCGAAGACCAUAGUUUUAGUGUCGUUGAGUCGGUCACAAUUGUGAUCAAGACCGACCCAACCUUUGCACUUUGGCUCUUUAAGCUAAAACUCUUUUCAUUGCAUUUCACAUAUCAUCAAAAUGUUUUUCAAACAUAACCAUGCCACCCAGCGAUGGGAGAUAUUACCCAUCCAUGGGUAAGUGAUCCCGGAUUCCAGAAUCAUGCCACCCAGCGAUGGGAGAUAUUACCCAUCGAUGGGUAAGCAGCCUUUAGCUCAGCUAGACUCCAGAACCAUGCCACACAGCGAUGGGGAUUUCCCACUGUUAGACGCCUUUCACACCUGUAGAGGGGGGGUGAAUAGAGAAAUCCGGAAUGCUCAGGAGGAUGACGAGUUAUGUCGCAUGACACGGGACCUUGUCUCUAGUGGGAAGAGACCAGAGUUUACUGUUGGUUCUGAUGGAAUCUUGUUUUUCCGCAGCCGUCUUGUGGUACCAUGCGGGGCCGUGAGGGAGCGGCUGUUACGCGCGGUGACUCUGGACGAGAACUUGACCUAUGAGGAGGAGCCGGUGCAGAUUCUAGCACGAGAAGUGAAAGAGUUGAGGAAUAAGCGGGUGCCUCUAGUCAAAGUCUUGUGGCGUAACCAUGCUGUCGAAGAGGCUACGUGGGAGACCGAGGAGUCCAUGAGAGUUCAAUUGGAUUGGGGUUGUGUUGGGGGCUGUUUUCCGGUUGGUUUAGAUUCAAUUAGGGCUGUUUGGGCAGUUGGGGCUGACCAGGUCGUGGGACCGACUGUCCGGGGUGUUGGGCCGGUGGGUCCGGCUGUUAGGCCGGCUGCAUUGGUCCGUUGGGCCGGCAGCGUUGGGCCGGUUGAGUGGGGCUGCCUGAACGGGCAGCGGGUUGGGGCUGUCGGGUCGGUCCGGCAGGUGUCGGCUGAUCCGGUGGUGAAUGGUACUGCUCUGGCAGGGGCAGUGGGCCCGAGGAUCGAUUCCUUGGUCUCGACUCCGCGCAGACCUAUUGGUCUCUUAAACAUUGACGGUUAUUUCAAUAACCUAAUCAAGUUUCUAGAUGAUGCGGUGAGGCAGAACUUCAUGGCUUUGAAUCAGAAGAAGCUGUUCAUUUCUUCUUUCUUUGUUGAUGAGCUUUUGGACAAGCUAGAGUUUGCUAAGGCUUUCCCAGGUCCCGGUGCUAGUUAUGACGAGUUUGCAAAUCCUGGAAGAUUAGACUUAGAGUUGCAUCUGUAAUAUUUCCAAGUUGAAAUAAUAUUGUCCAUGUACAUUAUGCGCUAGUCACAAAUAUCGUUCUAAGCUGCAUGGCUAGUGCAUUU